CUAUUGUGACGGGAGGGUCUCGCGCGCGGACGCUGCGGUUCUGGGUCGGACAGAGCGGACCGGUACCAGCUGAACAGCCGCGGGGGGGCAUGGGGAGUCCCGCGGAGCCCCGGAGCGGCCGCCGCCCGGAACCGAGCGCCUUCACCGGCGAGACUCCGCGGGUUUAACGGACGGUCGGCCGGUUCUCCGCCUCCAUUUUGGCUGUCGGUGAUGGAGCUCAUCCGGACACCCAAGGUGGAACAGGUCCGCCUCCUGGACCGGGCCGCGGGCCAGAGGAAGGCCAGCGUGGGGACGCUGUACCUGUCCGCCACCCACACCAUCUUUGUGGAGAACGACCCCGAGACCCGCAGAGAGACCUGGGUUCUGCACAGCAUGGUCUACAGCGUGGAGAAACCCCCCACCACGCCCUCCGGAGGUCAGCUGAUGCUGCGCUGCAAAGACUUCCGGCUCUUCCAGAUCUUCAUCCCGCAGGAGAAAGACUGUUUGGACGUUCACGCAUCGCUGCUCCGUCUGACACGACCAGAGAAGUACAGCGAGCUCUUCUGCCUCUCCUUCAACCCCAGCGUGAACAAGGAGGAGCGCGAGGAAUCCUGGAAUUUCCUGGACCUGAUGGCGGACUACAGGAGGAUGGGCGUUCCCAACAACCUGUGGGUUUCCACGGCGGCGAACAGCGAGUUCAGGGUGUGCGACACCUACCCCCCCCAGCUCUUCAUCCCAAAGUCGGCCACGCCCGCCGUCGUUGUGGGCAGCGCCAGGUUCAGGAGCCGAGGGCGGUUUCCUGUUCUGUCCUACUUCCACCAGGACACACUGGCCGCCGUGUGCCGCUGCAGCCAGCCGCUGUCGGGCUUCAGCGGCCGCAGUCCGGAGGACGAGAUGAUGCUGCACGCCGUGAUGAAGGCCAACCCCGGCAGCGACUUCAUCUACGUUGUAGACACCAGGCCCAAGCUCAACGCCAUGGCGAACCGAGCGGCAGGAAAAGGCUACGAGAACGAGGACCACUACUCCAACAUCCGGCUGACCUUCAUCGGCAUCGAGAACAUCCACGUGAUGAGGAGCAGCCAGCAGAAGGUCAUCGACGUGGGCGACAUGCGCUCCCCGUCCAUGACCGACUUCCUGUGGGGGCUGGAGAACUCGGGAUGGCUGAAGCACAUCAAAGCCGUUCUGGACGCCGGAGUCUUCAUCGCCAGGGCGGUGGCCGAUGAAGGCGUCAGUGUUCUGGUCCACUGCUCUGACGGUUGGGACCGGACCGCCCAGGCCUGCUCUGUGGCCAGCAUCCUGCUGGACCCGUUCUACAGAACCAUCAAAGGACUCAUGCUGCUGAUUGAGAGAGACUGGGUCUCCUUCGGUCACAAGUUCUCCCACAGGUACGCUCACCUGGACGGAGACCCCAGAGAGGUGUCGCCCGUCAUCGACCAGUUCCUGGAGUGCGUGUGGCAGCUGUCCGAGCAGUUCCCGUGCGCCUUCCAGUUCAACGAGCGCUUCCUCAUCGCCGUGCGCACGCACGUGUACUCCUGUCAGUUCGGCAACUUCCUGGGGAACUGCGAGAAGGAGCGGCGCGACAUGAGGCUCCGCGAGCGCGCUCACUCCGUCUGGCCUCAGCUGUGGCGGGACCGGGCCCAGUUCACCAACCCGCUGUACCAGGCCGAGCAGAGCCAGAGCCAGGGCGUGCUGAGACCCAACACCACCCCCUACUGCUUCAAAAUGUGGAAGGGGCUCUACAACCACGCCGAGAGGCCGCCGCCUCCUCGCAAGUCCCCCGCUGUGAGGGGGCAGGGCCAGCAGCUGGAGGCGGAGCUGACCAAUCACCAGGAGGUACCAGCAGGAGGACCCGCCCACCACCCCCCCGGCUCCAGACAAGAGGAUCAGCGCGCUGACGGGGCAGCCAAUCACGAGGCAGGAAGUCCAGGUCCUGAGGUGGAGGACUGACCGGCUGCAGCACAGACGCCGUGGGCCGGCACCCACCCAUCCCACCCAAUCACCAACCCCGCCCCCUUGCCUCAGCACAUCACCCCCGAGGCCCACGGCGACCUGCAGUCAGUGAGGACGGCGAGGGGGGCAGUGAGGACCCCCGGCUGGAGUGACGGCGUCCGUGCUGCUGGCUGAACUUUAGCUCCGCCCCCCGGUGGACAGACUCUACACUCUUAUUUAUCGAAGCUUGUAAAGUGAAGGACUUUUAUACGUUUUUAAUGUGGGAGGGGCCACAGCUGCUGCAGCGGCGGGCCGAGCCGCUCCACCUGGAGCGAGGAGAGCGUUUGGACCUUCUCUGAACCGGACCUGGAGCUCGUUAGCAUCGUUAACGAAUCCUCAUCACAAACGUUCGUUUUCUUCUCCACUCGAGUCCUGAGCCUCGUUCGGGUUUUCACGCCCCCUUGUGGUCGCUGUGAGGAAGUUCUCCUCUGUUUGAAGAAGGAAACUCGUUUCCAGGUGAGUUUGGGGGCGGGGCCUGUUCUCAGGAGGAAUUCCUGCUGGAACAAGCGGACCUCUGGGUUCUUUAGCCUGCUCAGUCCUGCCGUCCUCGGGCCUCACACGGGUUCUGGUACCACAGAAGCUCCCGUCAAAACCCAAACAACAGAACUGAACAGAACUGAAGAGGUUAAAGAAUCCUGAACAGAACCGCAUCCGGUUCUGCUAUUGAAACGCCUAAACAAAGGUUCUGAAGAGUCUGCUGUGAUCCAGUAUCCAAGUCUCACAGAACCAGGCCUGAACUGGGUCUAAACCGGGCCUUAACUGGUUCUGAACUGGGCCCAGACUGGGUCUGAACCGGGCCUUAACUGGUUCUGAAAAAGUUUAGAACUGAUUCUGUACCGGGCCUGGAUUGGGUCUGAACUGGGUUUGAAACAGUUCUGAACUGGACAUUAACCGGUUUAGAACCAGGCCUGAACAGGGUCUGAACUGGGUCUGAACCGGGCCUGAACAGGGUCUGAAAUGGGCCUGGACUGCGUCUGAACCGGGCCUGAACUGGGUUUGAACCGGGCCUGGACUGCGUCUGAAACGGGCCUGAACUGGGUGUGAACCGGGCCUGGACUGCGUCUGAAACAGGCCUGAUCUGGGUCUGAACCGGGCCUGAACUGGGUUUGAACCGGGCCUGGACUGCGUCUGAAACGGGCCUGAACUGGGUCUGAACCGGGCCUGAACAGGGUCUGAAAUGGGCCUGGACUGCGUCUGAAACAGGCCUGAUCUGGGUCUGAACCGGGCCUGAUCUGGGUCUGAACCGGGCCUGAACUGGGUCUGAACCGGGCCUGGACUGCGUCUGAACCGGGCCUGGACUGCGUCUGAACCGGGCCUGAACUGGGUUUGAACCGGGCCUGGACUGCGUCUGAAUGGUUCCAGCGUGGGAGGUUGACCUCGGCUGACCUGACUUUGGCACUCGAGGGUUCGAGUAUGUUUCAGAACUGGACGGUGAUCCAGUUUCUGGAACUAGCUGGUUCUGCUGAUCUUCAUCAGCGAGUCCAGAACAUUCUGAUGACUCACACUGAGAAAACACUCCAAGUCCAGCAGAACCUCCAUCCAUGUUCUCAUUGCCCUUGUUUGGGUUGCUGGAGCCUAUCCCAGCUGUCAGGUGAUGGUGUGCUUCAUCCUGAUCAUCAGACAGUUACAGACAACUGAAGCGGGAGGAACCCACACAUGAACAAGGAGAACCUGCAAACUCCACACAGACAGACUGGACCGGGUCUGGAGUUCUGAUGAGAUCGUGUCUUCCACCAAGAUGAUCCAUGUUAGAAAAAACUCCAAAACUGUUUAAGGGAAUCUGUGUAAGAAACGUGAGACUUUAAAUAAACUGAUGUUUCCUGGUCCUG